GGCACAACAAAGAGUAUACCAGUUUAAGUCUGUGUCUUUUUCACCGUCGCCCUUGAAAAACAGCUUGCAAAUAGCUUCAGCAAUCCUUUGCUUAUCUUGGAGCCUGAUUGAUCCAGCAGUGAAGCAGAAAUCCAGGAUACGAAUGCUGAGAGGUGGUAGCGGCUUUACCAGGUUGAAGGUUGACAUUCCCAUCAACUGCAGCUUUACAAGCCGUUACACAUUUGGAUACGAUAAGUCAUGGAAGACACACUCACUUGCAGCCCUGCCACCUUCUCCCAGGGACUGAUGCAUGCCAUGGUGCAGUCUCUGAACAAUCUGAACGAUCAGAUUGCCAACUUCAUGGUGAACAGGCCCACCAUUAUAAAUCAUGAGGAUGCUGCCUUCCUGCCCCGUGAGAGUGACACACUGACACAGUCCAUGACUCUGAUGAGACAUCUGCUUAUGGAGGCCGAGGGUAAGAUCUUGAAGAUAAUGGAAGAUAAUAAGCAGCUGGCGCAGCACAUCGAUGGUGCCGUCCACUCUGCAAACCAGGAGGUGACCAACCUGCGCUCAGAGCUCUUGGCCACCAGCCGCAGACUUGCUGAGCUUGGAGCAAACGGCCCUACUGGAGUCAAGAACAACCACCAGCAGGUGCUGCUUAGAGAGGAGGUCACUCAGCUGCAGGAAAAGGUGCAACUGCUCAGGCAGAUGAAGGAAAUGUUAAAUAAGGACCUACAGGAGAUGCAGGGCUGUUCAGCAAAUACACUAUCUGCCACUGAGCUCCGCAUACAGCUGGCAGAGAAGGAAUGUGAACUGGAUCGUGCCAAAGAGGCCUUACAAGCCAUGAAAUGUGACCGUACAAGGUUGAAGGCAGAGAAGGCUGACUUAGUGAACCAGAUGCAGCAGCUGUACACUACGUUAGAGAGUCGAGAGGAACAGCUCAGAGACUUCAUCAGGAACUAUGACCAGCACAGAAAGGAAAGCGAGGAUGCAGUGAAGUCUCUAGCAAAGGAGAAGGACCUGCUGGAAAGGGAGAAGUGGGACCUGCGUAGGCAGACCAAAGAGGCCAUGGAACAUGCUGGCCUCCUGCGCUCACAGAUUGACAUGAAGGAGAACAGAAUAAAAGAGCUGGAAGCUGAGCUAACCAUGGCCAAACAGUCUCUGGUCACCCUCACUAAAGAUGUUCCAAAACGCCACUCAGUGUCCAUGCCCUCAGAGCCGGUGGUGAACGGUAGUCAGGAGUGGGUGAUGCAGGCCGAGCUUCCCCUCACAGCAGCUAUCAGACAGAGCCAGCAGACCCUGUACCAUUGUCACUCUGCAGACAGACAAGCUGCAUUGCGAAUCAGCCCGUGUCACUCACGCCAGCCCUCCGUACUCUCAGACACAUCAGCAGGUGAUGGAGAUCGCUCGUCUACACCCAGUGACUUGAACUCUCCUCGCCACCGGACUCACUCCCUCUGCAAUUCCAUGGAGGACCUCGAGGACCAGAAGCGUAAGAAGAAAAAGGAGAAGAUGAGUCUGGGCUCACUCUCUCGAGUGUUUGCCCGGGGAAAAUCCCAGCGCAAGUCUCUAGACCCUGGCCUGUUUGAUGGUACUUCCUCCCCAGAUUAUUAUAUUGAGGAAGAUGACGACUGGUGAUUGAAAGUGUGUGUGCAUGCCUGUGUGCAUGAAUGAGCAUGUGUGUAUGUAGGACUUUAUGGUUGAGUACAUGGGUCUGUGUGUGUGUGAUAUAUUUCUCAAAACCACAAGAACGAGAAAGACCUGCUGCCUCAUUGAAGUGUACAUAAUACACUAAUGAUAUUGUAUGUAAAUGAAAUAUAUAUUUAUUUAUAUAUGUAGACAUAUGUAGAUAUAUUUAUAUGCAUAUAAAUUAUACAGUACUGCGCAAGUUAUAGGCACCCUAGAUUAUUUAGAUACAUCUGGUAUUAGAAGAUAUUAUUUUAUGUCUUCCACAUUACUUAUUACAUUUUAGGUCAUCAAUUGUUCAUUUUCCAAAAUGACUUAAUUUUACAGAGAAAGGUCUUAUACCAUUAAAGAAAGAAAGAAAAUUAAGUAAUAAGCCACUUUUCAGAUAAAACAUUGUAGAGACUGUCUGA